UCAACACCUGCCCUUGCAGCUCCUGCUGCUGCACCGACGCCUGUCGUAGCUUCACCUUCGGCUGGUCCCGCUGCCUCCAUUGAGGAUGCCCCCAUCAAGGCCAACGAUAUCCUCAUGUUCAUCAUUGCACAGAAGCUCGAGAAGAAGAUUGAGGAGGUUCCUGUGAGCAAGACCAUUAAAGAUCUCGUUGGCAGCAAGUUGACUCUUCAGAACAAGAUUCUCAGCGAUUUGCAACUUGAAUUCUCAUCUGCACCUGAGAAGGGUGAUGAGCUGCCUUUGGAAGAGCUCAGUUCUGCUCUCAGCGUCGGCCAUUCCGGUGCUCUCGGCAAGUACACUUCGGGCUUGGUGUCCCACUUGAUCAGUGGCAAGAUGCCUGGUGGCUUCAACUCAUCUGCCAUCAAUGUGCACUUGGCAAAGACUUGGGGACUGGGAUCAUCACACGCUGACAGCAUCCUUCUACUCGGAACCACGAUGAAACCUGCCAAACAUCUCUCUUCAGAGGCUGAGGGCAAGGUGUGGCUUGAUACUGUUGUCACCAUCCACGCUCAGCGUUCUGGGAUCUCUCUCUCCAGUGGAGGUGCUGGAGGUGCCGGCGGUAGUUCCGGAAGUGGUGCAACCAUCAACAGCGAGGGGUUCCUGAAGUUCUGUGCUGAACAGGAGCAGUUUGCCACUCAGCACGUUGAGCUU